CAGCCAGCAACAACAGCAGCAGCUCCUACCGCCGCCGUCUGCUCUCGCAGGGCCCUCUAUGCCGAAUUCGUUUUCGCAAGGAAACAACACCCCUCGAGGCCGUUCUGCGGAUGAUUCGCAGCGCGCGCCACAAGCGGCCAUGCUCUAUGCGCAAUCGCAACAGCUUCCGCCCAUCCAAUCGAACAACAUCGCGCUGCCCACCACGCGCGGCCGCUCGUCCUCUCUCAUCGCCGCGUCUGCAUACCCGCAGGGCGGAAAUGUGCCGCGCCUGCCACCCAUCAUGCAGGUCGAGAAGCAGCAGGUCACGACGAGCGCGACCCAGGCGGCAAGCGCGAGCCGCCGACGAAACGAGGCCAACUUCGUCUGCCCCGUUCCCGGCUGCGGCAGCACGUUCACCCGUCGUUUCAACCUGAGAGGCCAUUUGCGAUCGCACACCGCUGAGCGGCCAUUCCUGUGCGAGUGGCCAGGGUGCAAUAAAGGAUUCGCGCGUCAGCACGAUUGCAAACGUCACCAAGCCCUCCAUACGUCGCGUUCACAAUCGAACGUCUGCCAGGGAUGUGGGAAGACUUUCAGUCGGCUAGACGCGCUGAACCGGCAUCUGCGUUCAGACGGAGGCGCCGACUGCCGCCAGGCCACGGAGGCCGCAAACAUCGCGCAGCGGCUUAGCCCGCAAGAGGACGACUGGGAGAAUGGCAGCAAUUCCACCGAGCGCUCGACCGAACGGGGCUCGCGCCGGUCCCCGCCCCGCAGUUCAUAACGCGGGCUGCCGCCUGCCCCAUCCACAUCCCCAUCCGUCCAUUCGCGUCCAUCAGACGAAAGCGAGCCCGCACGCCUCAUCGCAGAAUCAGCGCGCGCGGGUCCUUCCCCGCCCUUCCGUACCACCUCCACCACCACCCCGCCCGUGUCUCUCGAUUCCAGGAAGCAGUGAGUGGGAUGAUGUUGAUGCACAUACAGCGUCCCCAGUGUCAGCCCCGCGGUCUCUUCGCAGCAGCAGCCAUGCAUGAUAUCCACCCGCAUCUUGGGUCCCCCGCGCGCGCCGCCGCGCACUCGCCGUGUACAUGUAGUAUUGCCGGGCUCUGUUCCUAAAUUAAUGUCCUAAUGCACGUCGUUGUUGUCUC